AUGUCUCAGUAUGCUUCCCGCUCAGACUCUAAGGGAGCUUUGGACAGCAGCAGCCCGGAAGCCUACACAGAAGAUGACAAGACCGAGGAGGACAUGCCUGCCCCCAAUAACUAUCUGUGGCUCACCAUUUUCUCGUGUUUCUGCCCAGCGUACCCGAUCAACAUUGUGGCUUUAGUCUUCUCUGUCAUGUCUCUGAACAGCUACAAUGACGGAGACUACGAAGGAGCCAGGAGGCUGGGGCGGAAUGCCAAGUGGGUGGCCAUCGCCUCUAUCAUCAUCGGCCUGGUCAUCAUCGGCGUUUCCUGUGCGGUGCACUUCUCCAGGAAGUCCCGGGUUUCGCAAUUCGAUUUGCCCUUUCCUGGAGUGAGGGUGGACGGCGGCAACAGUGGCCUCCUCGCUGGGUCAGGAGCGGGAAGAAGCGAGCUCGCGAGCGCCUCCUGCCGGCCAUCAGAAAGCUCGAUCCGGGAGCGGCCGGGAACGACCCGCUGCGGCUGCGCGCUGAGCGGCCGGGAGGAGGUCGUGGACGAACGCUUGCUCCCAGAACAGAAACGGAAGUGA